GACGUCUGCGUUUGACGCUCAGGAAGUGAAUUGAACCACCAAAGAUUCCCACAGAUUCGAUAGCGAUUGUCCCAAUGUUACAAACGUGUUCACACUGAACUGGAAACUUGUUUUAGACCUGUUCAGAGGGAUUAUCGAGAGGAUAAUGCUGGAUGGUUGCGCUCAUGAAAUUCACCAGAGAUAUAUGCAGGCUGCUGGGACUCGGGAGCGGCCCCCCUGUCCAGCAGCAGGAGGAGCAGAUGGACUGUGGUGCUGCAAACCCUGACCCAAGUGAUGAUGCCACUUUGUCCCAGGAUGCAUUAAACGGAGAGGAGGAUCUGAGUGAGGAGGAGAAGGCCAGAAGAAGGGCGGAGCGACGUAAAGCCAAGAGGAAGCGCCGUCGAAAACGCAAGAAGCAGGAGCAGGUCAAGCAAAAUGAGAAUGAAGAUCAGGACGGUGAAGAUGAGGAUGGAGGUGCAGAGUCCGAACUGGAUGAAAGCGAGUCAGAAGCAGAAGCUGGUGCUGAACACGAGACAGUAAGAAUGCAAAAAGUGGUUGAAGAAGAAGAAGCAGCUGCUCCACAAAAGGACAUCGCAACACCGGUCAUGACUCCUUCAGGAAUCAAAGGACAUCAGAAGACUCAAGCCAGAUCUACUGAGGAGGAGCCAGAGUGGGAUGUGAGCAGUGCUUUCUUUGCUAAUGCUGCUAGCCAUAUCAAACCCAAAGGACCCAACCGCAAGUCCAAAGAAAACAAGGAGAACGAGGCCCGGAGAGAGACAAACGGGACUGACACCAUGACCAAGAAGAGCGCCUCACUCACAGCAGAAAAAGGGAUAAAGUUGGUGCAGGAGGGGCAGUACGCACAAGCAGUCAGUAUGUUUACAGAAGCCAUCAAAUGUGACCCAAAGGACAACAGGUUCUUUGGGAAUCGUUCCUAUUGCUAUUUCUGCUUGGAGCAGUACCCUCAGGCCCUGGUAGAUGCUGAGCGCUCCCUUCAGCUGGCUCCAGACUGGCCUAAAGGACACUUCAGGAAGGGCAGUGCUCUCAUGGGCAUGAAGCGGUACAGUGAGGCAGAGAAGGCGAUGGAGCAGGUGCUAAAACUGGAUAAAGACUGUGAGGAGGCUGCCAAUGACCUCUUUGACUGUAAAGUGCUGCAGUUAAUGGAGCUCGGUUUUGACGAUGGGCAAAGUGUGGCCCUCCUGGAGAAGUUUUCCACUGUACAGGGUGUUCUAGCAUCUUGUUCUGAUGUUGUCAGAGCUGGGAGCCAAGAUCCAACACUUGUGCAACCAGGAAGCCCUUGCCCGUCUCUGUGGGUUGGAAAUGUGACAACAGAGCUAACUGAGAAGCAUCUAUGGGACCUUUUUAAAAUGUACGGUGAGAUUGAGAGUAUCCGUGUGCUGCAUGAGAGAUUCUGUGCCUUUGUGAACUUCAAGAAUGCAACCAUGGCUGCUCGUGCCAUGGAGAAACUAAAUGGUUAUUGUAUCGAGAACACACGUUUAGUUGUGCGCUAUCCUGACCGCCGCACUCAGAGGGUCAUUCCCAUUCCACUUAAGACCUGUCUCCCUGUCACACAGCAGGCAGGGGCAGCUACUGGACCUCGACGACGUGGCCCAGUGAACGGAGACGAGUGUUACUUCUGGAGAACCACCGGCUGCCAUUUUGGGGACAAAUGUCGCUACAAACACAUUCCUGAACAGAAAGGCAAAGAUAGGAAGCCCUGGCAGCCUUGAACUCAGCUUACUCUCUGCCCCCAGUCUUGUUCAGGAAACUUGGUCACACAGACUGAGCCAAAGGAGCUGGCAUUUACUGGACCAGGUUUCUCUAGGCUAAAAGAAUUUACUGUAGCUGAAUGGACCGGAACAGUUUAAGGAUCAGAGUCAGCAUUCAGGCUCCAAGGCAGGGAUGCUCACUCAUAUGCAACAAAGGACUUGGAGUAUGAAGGUUUUUAUUUCAACCAAAGAAUAAACAGAGGUUCAGUAGUACAACAUUUACAGAGAUGGGAAACAAAUUCACCGCGUGUUUGCUUUGUUUGGAAUGAAAACUUUCUUAAUUGCAACUCUUUUGUGCAUAUGGUGACCUGUUCUCGCUUUAAGGGAUACAACCGAACCUCACAGGCUCACAACAUAAAGAGGAAGUGAAACUGCAUCAGUCCACUUUGAAAAAAAAAAAAAGCCUCUCUCAUGUACAGCAGUAAUGAAAGGACUCUGUAUGGAUAUUUCUGGCCUAAGUUCAUCCGUGAUGAUUGUGGGGACCAUCACGAAGCAGUGUUCCUCCUUCAUUUCUCAAAUACUCUCACCUGUGUCUUUUAAACCUGUUUUUUAACAGUUAAGAAUUAUCCACCAGUUCUAAUAUCAUGGGCGUGUUCGAGAUGAACGGUUUUACUCUAUGGCAUUUCUCUUUUUUUGUAUCCUUUGCAUGAACGUUAAGGUGCAGAGUUUUCAAGCAUUGUAAACUUCUCCCAGUUGUUUUCUUGUUAAUUGUAGGAGAGCUCAUUUCAGCACCAAUCUGUGUGAGACAUGCAGGUGAAGAGCCUCCUUAAGUUUCCUGUCAGGAUUUGAAUAUACAUUUUGUUUUCUUGGUACAUUUCCAUGGUGAACACCACAGUGCUUUGUGUCUAUGCAAAAGAAAAAAAAGUGCAGACUCAGUUGUCAGUUCUGAGUCAGAUAUGCUCACACCCACCACCUCAGACAGAAGUCCUCUGUUCAGUGUUGGUGGUGAGUUUCUCUGAAAGACAUGGUAAUAUAAGUGAUAGACUAGUUCAUAUUAAAGGACAGUGCCUUAACAAACAUCAUCCUCAGUAAUGUGCACACAUCAUCCAUGCCUGUGUGUGUGUGUAAUAAGAUAGUUAAAGAUCUUUUGAACCUUGUGAAGCAGUGUUUUUGACCUUAGGGGGUCUAAAUUUCAGUAUUUCAGUAAACCAAAGAAUGCUUCAUCUGAUGGCUCUGCACUAAAAACAGCUUAGUUUAACACUAGACAGUAGAUUAAAACCCAUUGGCAAGCGUCUGUAUCAUCAACUAGAUUAGAAUUACAGCUACCACCCUGGUUUAAGUCCACACUACGUUCAAGCUAUGCACAGCAUAGAGAAUAUUUAUUAUUCUAUUUAUUCCUAUGUGUAGAUUUUUCUUCUUUCUUUUCUUUUUUUUUUACAACAAUCAUACCUUCACAGCUGAACACAACUUUUUAUUUACUGGUCUUUUCAUCUUUUCACUUUAUAGUAGGUUAUGUAUUUUCUGUAUGUUCCAUUUUCUGCUUUUUCUGCUUUAAAAGGCAAGCAUUAUCAAGAAGGCCUCUGGUGCAAACACUGUCACAUGCUGCACUUCUACUUUUUCGUAUUACUUUCUGUCUUGUGGCAAAAACUUGUGAAAAAGGAAUUGGACACCAAACCUUUAAACGAAAUCAUUACUGGUGCUGUUUACUAUUGUUGCACAGUUAAUUUAAGUAUGCAAACUAAUGAAAUAAUCUGUGUGUUGCCAUGACACAUUUUGAUUUCAUGUUAUGGGUAUUUGUAAAUUCAACAAAAGCUUCCCUGAAUUGAAUUCGAUCUUUAUGGUAUGUUUUAGUCCUUUUAUCUGUUUGUACUUUUUUCAAACUAUUUCAGGAAAAUGCAUUUUUAAUUUUGACGUACACUUUGAUAACCAGAGCACUGCAAUCCUGUUAAUCUCCCAAAUAUUUUGUAUUAUCAUAAGUGCACUGCAAAAGAGUCUUUUAUAUUUAAUAAAUGUAUUUGAACCACC